AUGUUAACUCAAACAUUAGAAAGAUUAGAUAAAGAAGUUAAUGAAUCAAUAUUAGAGAAAUUUUUAGAAAUAAUAUCACCAAUAACGCCACAUCAAAAUGAUGAUGGUGGUGAUAAUAAUCAAUCAGAAGAUAAAACUGAAUAUUGUUGGAAAUCAUAUUAUAUACAAAAUAAAUGGAUAACUUUAAAAAAUGAAAAUGCAUACAAUUUAGUUGGUAUGACAACAUGGGGUGCAGCAUAUCAACUCUCUGAUUUCAUUCUAUCAAAUCAAAAUUUAUUUAUUAAUAAAAAUAUAUUAGAAUUGGGUAGUGGUACAGGUUUAGUUGGUAUAAUCUUAGAUUUCAUUAAACCAUUAAAAAAAGUCAUCUUAACUGAUUAUUCUCCAAAAGUUUUAAAAAAUUUAAAAUUUAAUAUGGAAUUAAAUAAUUUAGAAAUUCAAGAUUUUAUUAAUGAUGAUGAUGAUGAUAAUAAUAAUAAUGUAAAUAAAGAAAAUGAUGAUAAAAUUAAUCAGGUUAGAGUUUUAGAUUGGGAGAUCGAAGAUUUAAAUAUUUUAAAUAAUUAUAGUGGAUUAAAUGAUUCAAAUAUUAUAUUAGGUGCUGAUAUAGUUUAUGAACCAUCACUUUGUAAAUACUUGGUAUCAAUUUUAUACUUUUUAUUAGAAAGAAAUGAAAACUCUGUAGCAUACAUUUCUUCAACAAUUAGAAACCAAUCAACAUUUUCAAUAUUUCAAAAAGAAUUAAAUCUUAAAAAUUUAACUGUAAUUGAUAUAACAAAACAAUUUGAGCAAUCAUCUCCAACUUCACCUUUUAUUUAUGAUAGAUCUCAAAUUGUAUUAUAUAAAAUUUAUUUAGAAAAGAAAUAA